CCUCCCCACGAGAACAUGCCUCUGGCGAAGGACCUCCUCCAUCCCUCUCCCAAAGAGGAGAAGCAGAAGCACAAGAAGCGCCUGGUGCAGAGCCCCAACUCUUACUUCAUGGAUGUCAAAUGCCCAGGAUGCUAUAAGAUCACCACUGUCUUUAGCCAUGCACAAACAGUAGUUUUAUGUGUUGGCUGUUCCACUGUCCUCUGCCAGCCUACAGGAGGAAAAGCAAGGCUUACAGAAGGAUGCUCCUUCAGACGGAAGCAGCACUGAAAGCACCCUGAACCAAGAUCAGUGGGAAAUCAUCCCAAUAAAAACACAUUUUGGAUA